AUGACGCUCUUCUCUUUCCUCUGGUGUCAGUUUUCCUAUGGCUACAAGUAUGUUGCCACAGACUUGACCUGGGCUGAUGCAGAGAUCCACUGUGUCGGAGAGGGAGCCAACCUGGUGUCAAUCCACAGUCUGGAGGAACAGAAUUUAGUCAAAUUCCUGAUCAAGAACUUUGACCCUGCUGAGGGACAGACCUGGAUCGGACUCAGUGACAUCCACAAAGAAGGAGCAUGGCUGUGGUCUGAUGGGUCUUCAGCCAACUUUUUCUUUUGGCAUAGAGGAGAACCAAACAACGUUGAAGGACGUAAGCACUGUGUUCACACAAACUUUGACCCAAAAUUGAGAUGGAAUGAUAUACCAUGUUCUCAUAAAUUACAUUUUGUUUGUGCAUCUCGCACAAUUUGUCCUUAG